GCUUGUUUACAAAUUUUUACUCUUAUGUUUGAAAUUUAUUUCAAUUGAUUUGUUUGACAUAAUACAUUUUUACUUACACAAUUCUUUAAAUCAAGUGCUACGAAACAAAUGCUUUCACACUUUGUACUCAAUAAUGCUUAAAUACCGCAAUGUUUUUCAAUUAUUCAAAUCUCCAUUAAUAAGUUUGUAUGACACGAAAGUUUUUAGCAAGUACUUAAGUUCUAAUAAAUUCAGUGAACAAGCUGAAACAAAAAGAAAUGGAAAUAAAGAACUGAAAAAUUUACCAACUCUGCGAGAGGGUUUUGAGAGUAUUUCUGAUAAGUCCAAAGAUACUUUCUUGGAUAUGGUAAAAAUAUUUGAAAACAAAAGCAUCAGUCGAAGAAGUCAUGUGGAGUUUAUUUAUACAGCUUUAAAAAACAUGGAAUCUUUUGGUGUUCACACAGAUAUUGAAGUGUAUAAAGCCCUAAUCAAUGUAAUGCCUAAGGGUAAAUUUAUACCUACUAAUAUAUUUCAAGCUGAAUUUAUGCACUACCCAAAACAACAGCAAUGUAUAAUAGAUUUGCUCGAACAAAUGGAGGAUUGUGGGGUGAUUCCUGAUUAUGAGAUGGAAGCCAUGCUACUAAAUAUUUUUGGGCGAAGAGGUCAUCCCCUUCGAAAGUAUUGGAGAAUGAUGUAUUGGAUGCCAAAAUUUAAAAACUUAUCUCCAUGGCCUUUACCAAAUCCAGUACCAAAUGAAGCUUUAGAGUUAGCUAUAUUAGCUGUUGAACGAAUGUGUUCUGUUGAUUUAUUAUCAAAAGUCGAGAUAUACAAUAGCGGGGAUAUCCCGGAGGCAGUGGAUGACACUUGGAUUGUAAGUGGUAUUAGCAAGGACCAAUCAGAAUUACUGAAAAGCCAUGAUAAACAAAAGCCACUUUAUAUAGAAGGUCCCUUUCUCAUAUGGUUAAGAAAUAAACGUGUUAAUUAUUUUACUUUAAGAGGGGAUCCAGAUGAAGAGUUUUUCAAAAAACUUGAAACAAUUGAAAAUGAGAAGAACCCAGAUGAUAUUCAAGAUAUAAAUAUACCUUUUUUCGGCUUACCACCCAUAAAUAAAAGUAGACAGAUAUCUACCUUAAAAAGAUCAGUCCACCAGCAAGAAGAAGGAACGAUAUUUGGCAUAUGUGCGACAGGAACUUCUACCAAAGAUUCCUUGUUGUCUUGGAUUAGGUUGUUAGAAAAAAAUGGUAAUCCAGUUUUGGGUCAAAUACCAAUUUUGUUUAGGUUUCAUUCUAAAAUUGACACAACCUUGGUUCCUGUAUCUAAAACUGAAAACAUAACGGAUAAGAAUAACGAGAAAAGAUAACAGCAAAAUAUUUAGUUUUAAUAGUUUUUAAUUGAAUAAAAUUUUUGUUACAUUUUCAUUUUCCUUUACUUAUAUGUACAUACAUAAUUUCUACUGCUGUAGAAAGAAAUUAAAAUAUAAACUAAUACUUUUUCUUUAAAAAAAAUAUA